AAAGUUCCUUCGGUGGCGCGCCUCGCAGGGGUUUCUGGGAGCGUCCAGCCUCGGCCAAUCAGGAAGCGCAGGUGAGCGGCGCGAGAAGCGGCGGCCGCGCUCUCAAACCUGGACCUGAGCGGGGAGGCGGCUACGGCGCCAGCUAGGACCUGUAUUUCCGAUGGAUACUGAGGGGUUUGGUGAGCUCCUUCAGCAAGCUGAACAGCUUGCCGCCGAGACCGAGGGCAUCUCAGAGCUUCCCCAUGUGGAACGGAACUUACAGGAAAUCCAGCAGGCGGGCGAGCGCCUGCGUUCCCGUACCCUCACACGCACAUCCCAGGAGACAGCAGAUGUCAAGGCGUCAGUUCUCCUUGGAUCCCGGGGACUUGACAUAUCCCACAUCUCACAGCGAUUGGAGAGUCUGAGUGCAGCCACCACCUUUGAGCCUCUUGAGCCUGUGAAGGACACAGACAUUCAGGGUUUCCUGAAGAAUGAGAAGGACAAUGCCCUGCUGUCUGCCAUUGAAGAGUCCCGGAAGAGGACCUUCGGCAUGGCUGAGGAGUACCAUCGAGAGUCAAUGCUGGUUGAGUGGGAGCAAGUGAAACAGCGAAUUCUCCACACGCUGCUGGCAUCAGGGGAAGAUGCCCUUGACUUUACUCAAGAAAGCGAGCCAAGUUACAUCAGUGACCUGGGACCCCCCGGUCGAAGCUCUCUGGAUAGCAUCGAGAUGGCCUACGCCCGGCAGAUUUAUAUCUAUAAUGAGAAAAUUGUAAAUGGGCACUUGCAGCCUAACCUUGUGGACCUCUGUGCUGCCGCUGUGGAGCUGGAUGACAAGAGCCGAACCAUUUCUCCAGCCCCGCAGCAUUGUUCUGUGCAAUCUCACUCACAGAACAUCUCUGACAUGUGGACCAUGGUCAAACAAAUGACAGACGUGUUGUUGGCGCCGGCGACUGACGCCCUGAAGAGCCGCAGCAGUGUGGAGGUGCGCAUGGAGUUUGUCAGGCAGGCCCUGGGCUACCUCGAGCAGAGCUAUAAGAAUUACACCCUUGUGACUGUCUUUGGAAACUUGCACCAGGCCCAGCUGGGCGGGGUGCCCGGGACUUACCAGUUGGUUCGAAGCUUCUUGAACAUAAAACUCCCAGCACCCUUGCCUGGACUUCAGGAUGGAGAAGUGGAAGGCCAUCCUGUGUGGGCAUUGAUUUAUUACUGCAUGCGCUGUGGAGACCUGCUUGCUGCCUCACAGGUGGUGAAUCGAGCACAGCACCAGCUGGGAGAGUUUAAAACCUGGUUCCAGGAGUACAUGAACAGCAAGGACAGAAGAUUGUCCCCAGCUACAGAAAACAAGCUCCGGCUGCAUUACCGCCGGGCCCUCCGGAACAACACGGACCCCUACAAGCGGGCCGUGUACUGCAUCAUUGGCAGAUGUGAUGUCACCGACAACCAGAGUGAAGUGGCCGACAAAACUGAGGACUACCUGUGGCUGAAGUUAAACCAAGUGUGUUUCGAUGACGAUGGUACAAGCUCCCCACAAGACAGGCUCAGCCUCUCACAGUUCCAGAAACAGUUAUUGGAAGACUAUGGAGAGUCCCACUUCACGGUGAACCAGCAGCCCUUCCUCUACUUCCAAGUCCUCUUCCUGACUGCACAGUUCGAAGCUGCAAUCGCCUUUCUCUUCCGCAUGGAGCGGCUACGCUGCCAUGCCGUCCAUGUGGCACUGGUGCUAUUUGAGCUGAAGCUGCUUUUAAAAUCCUCUGGACAGAGCGCGCAGCUCCUCAGCCACGAGCCUGGAGACCCUCCCUGCAUGCGGCGGCUCAACUUUGUGCGUCUGCUCAUGCUCUACACGCGGAAGUUUGAGUCCACGGACCCGCGGGAAGCCCUCCAGUACUUUUACUUCCUCAGAGACGAGAAAGAUAGUCAAGGAGAAAAUAUGUUUUUGCGUUGCGUGAGCGAGCUUGUGAUAGAAAGUCGAGAGUUCGAUAUGAUUCUUGGGAAACUAGAGAAUGAUGGCAGUAGAAAGCCUGGAGUCAUAGAUAAGUUUACUAGCGACACAAAGCCUAUUAUCAACAAAGUUGCUUCCGUGGCAGAAAAUAAAGGCCUGUUUGAAGAAGCAGCAAAGCUUUAUGACCUUGCCAAGAAUGCUGACAAGGUACUGGAGCUGAUGAACAAACUGCUCAGCCCUGUCGUCCCCCAGAUCAGCGCACCGCAGUCCAACAAAGAGAGGCUGAAGAACAUAGCGCUCUCCAUUGCUGAACGGUAUAGGGCUCAGGGAAUAAGUGCAAAUAAGUUUGUGGACUCCACGUUCUAUCUUCUGUUGGACCUGAUCACCUUUUUUGAUGAGUAUCACAGUGGUCAUAUUGACAGAGCCUUUGAUAUAAUUGAUCGCUUGAAGCUGGUGCCCCUGAAUCAGGAAAGUGUGGAAGAGAGAGUGGCUGCCUUCAGAAACUUCAGUGAUGAGAUCAGGCACAACCUCUCAGAAGUGCUUCUCGCCACCAUGAACAUCCUGUUCACCCAGUUUAAGAGGCUCAAGGGGACAAGUCCGUCCUCAGCAUCCAGGCCCCAGCGAGUCAUCGAGGACCGCGACUCUCAACUCCGAAGUCAAGCCCGAGCUCUGAUCACCUUUGCUGGAAUGAUACCCUACCGGACGUCUGGGGACACCAACGCGAGGCUGGUGCAGAUGGAGGUUCUCAUGAACUAAGUGCGACACUCUGGGUGGCUGCGGGGACUGCACUCUGUCGGUGCAUCAGGCGCGGGGCCGGCUUUGGCAAGAGGGGUUCUGGUUUCAUUUCUGUUGUGUUGUUUUGUUUUUGUAUUAUGUAUUUUUGUCAACACCAAUAAAUUUCUUUGGUUUGUA